UAUACCUCGUUAACCUGACAGCCUGCGGUCUGCCUCAGCACAGACAAUAAAGAGACACUAAAGAUCUGAAUGAGACAGAAAAGGAGGAGGAAUAUGCCAAAGCUGUGGGACGACGACUACUUAAAUCUACUGGAUUGAGCACAAGAAUGCACAAAGUUUCUACAGAUAUUAUAUUUGUGCUGGAUAAAUGUCAUUAUAUAUAUAUGCAGGAUAGUUUUCGGGACUUUUGUAUUGAGUAAUGUCUAAUGGGCGAGCACACACUUUGGAUUUCUGCAACAAGAAAACGAAUUAAGUGAGAAGUUUUUCCAUCAGUAAGGAAGUUAAAAAGAAAAACACCAGCUGUGGUUUUAUCAGUUUUGACUUAACUGCUAAUAGUCACUGACCUUGGCAAGUUCUCGAAUCUGCAACAUUCUCGAAUCUGCAACAUUCUCGAAUCUGCAACAUUCUCUACACUAAACUACGGAGCGAACCAGAUGCAGAGAGAAAGAUGCAUUUGGGCAAGGCUUUACUGUUCGUCCUCCUCCUCAACUGCGCGACUUUGAGCUCGUCUCUGUCAACUUGUGCCACCGUGGAUAUCGACCAUGUGAAGAGGAAGAGGGUCGAGGCGAUCCGUGGUCAGAUUUUGAGCAAGCUGAGACUGACGAGUCCUCCUCACUCUCUGGGACCAAGUAAAAUCCCCUAUCAGAUCCAAGCGUUGUAUAACAGCACCAAGGAGCUACUGGAGGAGCUCAGGAAGGAUCGGCAGCAGAGUUGCGGUCAGGACAACACGGAGACAGAGUACUAUGCCAAAGAGAUAUACAAAUUCAACAUGGUCUACGGACCGCCAGAAAGCAACGAUCUGCUCUACUGCCCAAAAGGCAUCACCUCUAAGGUUUUCCGCUUCAACGUCUCUGCCAUGGAAAGGAACUCAACCAACCUCUUCAGAGCAGAGUUUCGAGCUCUGAGGGUGCCAAACUCCAGUUCCAAGAGGAACGAACAGCGGAUUGAGCUCUACCAGAUUGUGAGGCCAAACGAACACAUUAGGAAACAACGCUACCUUGCAGCCAAGAACGUGCUGACCAAAGGUACUCCAGAGUGGGUCUCCUUCGACGUGACUGAAACAGUGCGGGAAUGGCUGAUGAACAGAGGAACUAAUCUGGGAUUGGAAAUCAGUGUGCACUGUCCGUGCCACACCUUCAACCCAAAUGGGGACAUCAUUGACAAUGAGAACGAGGUGCUGGAGGUGAAGUUUAAAGGCGUGGAUGGAGAUGAGGAGCACAGCCGCUGGGAUCUGGAUCACCUGAAGAAGAAAAAGGACCAGUACCUGCCUCACCUUAUCCUCAUGAUGAUCCCCCCACACCGCCUGGACACUCAGUCCACACGCCGACGCAAGAGAGCGCUGGACACAAACUACUGUUUCUCAAACACAGAGGAGAGCUGCUGUGUUCGCCGGCUCCACAUCGAUUUCCGGCGUGACUUGGACUGGAAGUGGAUUCAUGAGCCAAGUGGUUACGAUGCCAACUACUGCUCCGGACCCUGCCCAUACCUGAGGAGCUCGGAUACAACACACAGCUCGCUCCUGAGCCUGUACAACACUCUGAAUCCGGCAGCAUCGGCCUCCCCCUGCUGCGUCCCUCAGGACCUCGAGCCCCUCACUAUACUCUACUACUCCGGACGGACCCCCAAAGUGGAGCAGCUCUCCAACAUGAUCGUCAAGUCUUGCAAGUGUAGCUGAGAAGAUGUGAAAGGCGGCGAGGUAGCGCGGCAGGAUUUUACUAGGUAAUGACGAAAAAACCCAUGCUCGUUGACUUUUGGACUCUUAGCUGUGACAAAUACUUAAACUGACCUCAUGGCUUAGAUCUGAACACCACUCUGGAGGUCACACAUUUUUUUUAAGGAUGCAGUUUUUCUUAAAAACUUGAGGUCAUUAUUUUUUUUUUCUCUUGUUUUGUGUUUUUUUCUCCCCAACUCUGGAUGUUAAGUAGUAUUUUCCAUCUUAUAAAGUCCAAACCAGACAUAAUCUUGCAAUCAAAGUAAAAUAUUUCCUUCUAGAUUUGUGAAGGCGGACAAACACACUCCUAAUGUAGAUUGCAGAGAGCCCUGUACGAAUCUAUCUGCUUCAGGGACAAUGGAUGAAAGAGAUUUAUUUUGUGGUAUAUUUUCUGCAAAGUUCAAGCGAAUAUUCCACAAAGUUACAGUCUCUACAUUGUCAGUAGAGCAGCUGUCCUGUCUCUAGCCUUGGGAUGAUAUUAUUAAUAGUCACAAAUAUAGACUGUGCUCUACUGAAUGGCCGAAGAGUCCUUUCAGGCUGGAUUUUACCUUCCCUUCCCUUCAAACAGUGGACAUUAUCUUCAAACACAAAAGGAGAAAGGACAGACUUGCUGCUGUAUCCAAAGCCAUAGCUGUGGUCAGGGAAAAGGAGAGCUGAGAGAAUGCCUGCUGGAUUUGCAAUGGAAAGUGAAUGAACAAAGAAGUUGAGCCAAGCUUUUCUUUUUUUGGCCAGCCAGUAGUAAUGGCCUUUUUUUUUUGCGGUGCAUCUAAUAGAAUGGAAGGAAGAAGAAGAAGAAGAAGGAGAAGAGGAGGAGGAGGAGGAGGAGGAGGAGGGGACCUGUAUGGAAUCGAAGAACUGUGAUGGAAACAAGCCAUGAGCACACUGCCAUUCACUGGAAGUUCUCAUCUCUAACAGGUUCAACUUAUUUAUGGGACAUCAAAGAAUAUACUGGAAAAGAACACGUGUUACGCAACAGGUUUUUAUGGGAUUUCUUUUACAUUAAUGGCAGAUCUGGUCUGUUACGCAACUUGUCAUAUAGUGAUUGUUUCACUAACUGGGACAAAAAAAAAAUCGACGUGUAUCUCCAUUGGUGGAAAGACUUUUAUAUUAAGGGUACUGUUACAUUUCCUUGUGAUUUUUAGAAAGAUUAUGCAACUUUUUGUCCAUGUACAAAUUAGUUUGACCUGUUGUAUGUGAUCCAGUGUAUGUUUGACUAUUGUAUUAAAUCCCCAGAAAGUUAAAUCAGAGCACUUUUCUCCAGUAAUAAUAAGGAAAUGUCAUUUAAAAUGCAGCUGUUUACUUUUUUGCUCUCCUAUCAACUCACCCGUCACUCCAGCCAGCUGACAAGGAAUCGCAUGUGUAGUCAGGACUCCCCAAAACACUGCAGUCUUUCAUUCCCUCUGCUCCGUCUCUGUUUGUUUUGGUGCUCUUUUUACAGUGUGAAGCCCUAAUGGAACAAAAAAAAUUGAAGAGGGAGGGGAAAAGUCAUUACAUGACAGUGGCUGGAUGUACAGUUAGACCUCAUUUUUCUCUGAGUCAGGAGAACGAUCCUGAAUCCCUGUACUGUUUGACAUUCGCCCAGUCGGAGUCGUCUUGCCUUUAGAUGACAUUUAGGGGACGUUUUUUUGGCAGUAAUAUUGUUUGAUUGAGUUGUUGAUCGUGAUUGUUAUUAAAAACACAACAUGCAAAAACCUGUAUGAGCCCUUUUUAAAUCUCACGAAUCACUUCAGCCUUGCAUUUAUGAAAUAAUCAGAUGUAAUAGAUCUGUAAAAAACAUUUAACUCCAAAUUAGGAAAUGAUGAAUUUACCCACUGGUCCUGUCUGCCAUGUUGAAAUGCCAUUUAAAUUUUCUCAUAAUGUUUUGGUUCCAUAUGAACAUAAUUUUUCUUACUUGAAUCUCACCAGUCCCACCUGUUUCCUGCAGAGCUUUUUUUUCUACCUGAGUAAUAAAUUCAA